AUGGAUUUAACACAAGUACUACACAUGAAUGGAGGUGUGGAAGAAGCAAGCUAUGCAAACAACUCCUUAAUUCAGAGAGAGGCCAUUUCUUUGACUACAUCUUGUAGAGUUAAAACCAUAACAAAUUUAUAUUGCAGUUUGAAUCCUAAAAGUUUAGCAAUUGCAGAUUUGGGUUGCUCUGUCGGACCAAACACAUUGUUGGUGACCUCGGAAAUUAUUAAGGUUGUUGAAAAACUUUGUCAAGAGUUGAAUCAUCAAUCUCCCGAAUAUAAGGUUUUUUUGAACGAUUUACCGGGAAAUGACUUCAACAGCAUAUUCAAAUCCCUUGACACUUUCAAAAAAAAGUUACGUGAUGAAAUGGAAACUGAAAUCGGUCCUUGCUACUUCUCUGGUGUUCCUGGUUCCUUUUAUUGCAGAAUUUUUCCUAAUAAGAGUUUGCAUUUUGUUCACUCUUCAUCUGAAGUGAAAUUGGAAGUUGAAACUGAAGGAUCAUUUUCCAUCAAUCAGUUAGAGGUAUUUGGAGUAAAUAUGCAUGCCCUCGAUUCUGAUUUGUCUGAAUUACUCGCAAAAGGUAUAAGGGCUGUGAUUGAACCUUUGUUAAUUAGUCAUUUUAGUGAAGGUGUCACUAAAGAGGUAUUUGACCGCCAUAGAAAAAUAUUAACAUAUGGAAUAUCCAAAGAAAGAACUAAGAUCACAAAUCUUACUGUGACAUUGACUAGGAAAUCAUGA